AUGUUAGAAACGAUACAAAACUUCGUGAACAAUGUGUCGACGACGACAAACGCGUGGUUACACUCGACACAAGAGGCCAAAACCUCGUCCUCUGCUCUUUGCUGGAAAAAUCUAACCCAAUAUACUCUGUCGGAAGUGUCCGAACAUUUCAUGUACAACGACUGUUGGCUCGUUAUAUACGAUUUGGUCUAUAAUGUGACCGAUUUUCUCAAUGAACAUCCGGGAGGAGAGUAUAUUGUGAUGGAGAACGCGGGCAGAGACGCCACCCUUGCCUUCAGGGGGUCUCGACAUAGCAAAGACGCGGUCGAUAUGCUCGACAAAUACCUGAUCGGCAUUCUUGUCGAAAGCGAAAGGAUAUACACACCAACUGAUGAUGAAUUGGCUCUUCAGAGUGACUCGUGAUUACAAAACUAUUGGAAAA